GCACGCGGAGGUACUUCCGGUGCGAGCGCGCGCUACUUCCCGGCUGGUCUUGCGUCCAGCCGCCAUUCCCGAGGCCGUGCGGCCUCCCUCCCGGCUUUUCCUGGGGGCGUUUCCUCUUCUUCACUUCGGGACACAUCGCAGGAGGGGUGGAAAGCCGUUAAGGCACAGCAGUUUGCAUUAGCAGAAGAUGGAAGUGUUUCCUGAAGUGCAUAAGCCAUCCCUGAGGCUGGAGUGUGAGCACUGUGGUUUCAGAGGCACUGACUAUGAGAAUGUGCAGGUGCACAUGGGUUCUACCCACCCUGAGUCAUGUGAUGCCAUGGACGCUGCAGGGCUGGGCAGGUUGAUAUUCUACCAGAAGAGUGCCAAGCUCUUCCACUGCCAUAAGUGCUUCUUUACAAGCAAGAUCUUUUCCAACGUGUACCACCACAUCACAGCCAAGCACGCAGCCUCGGCCUCUGACAAGUGCUCAGAUAAGCCAAAGGACCAGCUGAGCAAAGAGACUGAACCCCAGAGCACAGCGUUCGACCCAGCAGAAGCGAGGCCCACUCCUGCCCUCCCCGUAGAAACACAGAAAACUGGUCCAAGUGUGUCUCCAGAGCCACACAAAUCUGUUCCUCCUGCCCUGGAGCCUCAGGAUCCUGGCCCCAUUUCUUCUGAGCCACAGGCCCCUUGUUUCCCUGCUGAGACCUCAAAAACUGCUUCUGUCUCUUCCCCUGAAUGCCUAGACACAGCCAGUGUGGUUUCUGAGCUGCAGAAGCCUGCUCCUGCUUCUCCUGAGUCUUUCAAGUCUGCUCUUGUUAGCUCCAAACCCCAGAAGCACUCUCCCUUUGCAGAUACAGGGGCUCCCCCUUGUGCCUUGUCUCCAGAGUCACCAGUUCUGGCCACAUCUCCUGAGCCUUGGGGGCCGUCCCUAACCGCAUCCCCUGAAUCUCGGAAGCCAGUGAGGACUGCCUCCCCUGAGCCAAGGAAGCCAUCUCCAUCGGAGUCUUCUGAGGUUUGGAAGCCAUUCCCUGCCAUCACUUCAGAGCCACGGAGACCAGCCCCAGCAGUAUCACCAGGUUCAUGGAAGCCAGGGCCGCCUGGUUCUCCUCGACCUUGGAAGUCCAGUCCUUCAUCAACAUCGGGACCUUGGAAGUCAUCUAAACCCGCUUCAUCUAUGUCCCCUGGACCUUGGAAGCCAAUACCUUCUGUAUCGCCUGGACCUUGGAAGCCAGCUCCACCUGUGUCUGCCGCACCCUGGAAGUCUUCCGUCUCAUCUGGUUCCUGGAAGACACCCCCCACAUCUCCAGAGUCAUGGAAGUCUGGUCCUCCUGAGCUACGAAAGACACCUCUCACUUUGUCACCUGAGCUUCGCAGACCAGCCCCACCUCUCUCUCCUGAGAUCCGAAGUCCAGCAGGAUCUCCAGAGCUUAGGAAACCUUCUCCUGACCAGAGGAAAAGCUCUCCUGCUUCACUUGAUUUCUCUGAGUCCCAGAAAACUUGUCAUGGUUCUCCUGACCACUGGAAGUCCUUCAUCACAGACUCUCAGAAGUCUGGCAGCUUCCCCGAGACACGGAAGCAUGCUUCUCCUGGCUCCACUGAGCCCCCAAAGGCAGCCUCAGACGUAUGGAAGCCUGUCCUCUCUAUUGAUGCUGAGCCUCGGAAGUCCACACUGUUUCCGGAUUCCCCCAAAACAGUCCUUCCUGCUUCUCCCGAGACACGGAAACGUUCGCUUUUCCCAGAGUCCCGGAAGCAUGUGCUUUUCCCUGAGCUCCCCAAACCUGCUGUGUUCUCAGAUGCUCAGAAGGCCUCUGAGUUGAGUGAGGAGCUGCAACUGGAAGCUGGAGAUGAUGGGAAAUGUGAUAGUCUGGCCCAGGAAGGGCUUCUGGCUACACCCAAGAAACUGUUAGAGGAUGCUUUAUUUCCUUCUUCCAAGAAGCUCAAGAAAGACAGCCAGGAGAACUCAGAUACUGAGCUCAGUAGCAGUGAGUACAUCAGAACCGAUUUAGACACCAUAGACAUCAAGGGCCAGGAGUCAAGCAGUGACCAAGAACAGGUGGAUGUAGAAUCUAUUGAUUUUGGCAAAGAAAACAAAAUGGAGAUGAGUAGUCCAGAGCAGUCUAAAAAUGUGCUCCAGUUCACCGAAGAGAAGGAGGCGUUCAUUUCUGAGGAGGAGAUUGCAAAAUACAUGAAGCGUGGAAAAGGGAAAUACUAUUGCAAAAUUUGUUGCUGUCGUGCCAUGAAAAAAGGUGCUGUUUUGCAUCACUUAGUUAAUAAGCACAAUGUCCAUAGCCCAUACAAGUGCACAAUUUGUGGGAAAGCAUUUCUUUUGGAGUCACUACUUAAAAAUCAUGUAGCAGCCCAUGGGCAAAGUUUACUUAAAUGUCCACGCUGUAAUUUUGAAUCAAAUUUCCCAAGAGGCUUUAAGAAACAUUUAACUCAUUGUCAAAGUCGGCAUAAUGAAGAGGCAAAUAAGAAGCUGAUGGAAGCCCUUGAGUCACCAUUGGAGGGGCCACAGAUGUGACUUUGAAACAAAAUACCUGCUCUACUAUGUUGGUUGCUAAACCCAAGCUUGUUGAAUAGCCUAGUAGAUGCUGUGUACAUGUAGUGUACCCUGUUCGUCUUAAUACCAUCAUAAAGAAUAAGCACUUGGUUUUUUUUUCAUAUCAUCUCCUGUUUAUGUGGCUGUAUGUUUAAUAAGUCAAUACAUUACUGCUAUGUAUUCCAGGUGGAUAUAGUUCAUUAUCCUUAAGUUCAUUUUAGUCAUAAUGCAAGGAAUUUGAGGAGAUAGGCAGUUCAUUUAGUAAACAAGUUUAAACCUAAUUAAACCUUUCUCCUCUCUCUGUGUAAUUGAUUUCAGAUCAUAAAAAUUAUUAGGUAGAGGGCUCAGUGGUAGAGCACUUGCCUAGCAUGUUUUGCAUACUAGCUGUUCCACAGAUCAAUCUCCAGUACCUUUAAAAAAAAAGAUUGUUUGAGAAUUGAGCAUGAAAAAUAAAUCUGGGAAAAAUUUUGUUAAUCUUAUAAGUACUUUUGAAUCAUGUUUCAUAUCCUCUUCAUGUAAAAUCAGUGUAAGAAUCUUUAAUACUUUUCUUGGUGUUGUGGAGCUGGAGUCUUGGGGGUCACUGGUUUUUUGCUGACAGGAUGAUUGAGUAGUACCUAAGCAGUUUGCUAUUUUCUGCAGACUGACAAGACCAUGUGAUUAAAAUCACACUUAGCUGUAGUUAUUUCCAGUGUGUCUUCCUUAUGUCCCUGCCAGCUCAUGUUAACAGAUGAUCCAUAAUUGCCAAAUGAGUUAGAGUUUGUACUCCUACUCCUGGGCCUUCCAUGCUCCCUGCUGGGACUCAAGACCUGGGUGAUGAGUAGGAGUUGAAGUCUUCCGGACUCACCGUUGAAAAUGAAUGAACAGAUAGUGAGGAAGUGCACACUAGUCUCAGUUACAUGGGAGCCAGAGGUGGGACCAUGUGGGCCCAGCCUGGCAGCAUAGUGAACCCCUGUCUGAAAAGGCAUUCCUUAGAAACAUUUUGAUUUUGUUUCACAUAGUUUUGUCAUUGUAAAUACCUUCUUUCUCUUCAUGGAUGAUUAUUCUAACAUAUUUUGUUAAAUGUUUAUCAACCAAAUUAAAAGGCUUUCAUGUUAAUAUC